AUGCGAAAGGGAGCAUGGGGACUGAUAAAAGUGACUUGCACUCUUCUCUGUAAGGACAGUGCCAAGGUGGAUGUUGCCAUGGGCCUCAAGGACCGCGCCGAUGUUUCUCCCAACGCUUACGGUCGUGCGCUCUCCACCGUCCUUUACGUGGUCGGCCUCGUACUCGGUUCCGACUCUUAUUACAGCGGUCAUUCUCAAAGUACAAAUGUGAAGGAGUCCAACUCCGGCGAUGAGCUGCAUCGGCACUGGGUUCGCCGUGCCCGGGGCGGCAUAAUCACGGAGCGUUUCGUCAGUCUCUACUCCGUCAGACAACAAUUGCACGACCUCUUCCUUGAGAAGAUUAGCAUCCCUUGGAAGCCUGUUCUUGGUCAGUGCUGGCUUGACUGCGCGAACCUCAUAAACUUCUCUCCGAAUGACUGUCGACCUCUAGUUGGAUUGGAUUUCGUCCUUCCCAUCCUAAAUUGCGUUCUCUUCUGGAGACGUAUGGAUGUCGGUCCAUCUGGAGUCCCAGCCGCCUUUGCUACUGUUGUUGCAGCAGAAUUUGCAAUGGCGAUGGAUAUCGUUGUGGAUGAUCUUGCUGCACAAUCUUUUAUUGAGAAAUUGCUACAAACAAUCAGCACUAGUGUUACAUAG